UAGAGAUGCAGCAGAAGAGACCGCUGUGAUGAACUUUUAAAAGGCAGACAACGCCUCAACAGAUGGAUACAUACACACAAAGUUAAGUGAAAAUACCCAUUUUGGCAAGUAUUCUGGUAAAUACAGUAGGUUAUGUCCAUAUCUUAAAUUAACGUAUACAGCUGACUAAGAAAAAACCGAAUGUGUGUCAGUAUUUAGAUCCUUUCAUUUAGUCUUAAAGAGACAGCAGCCUCAAACAACACCACAGCUUUACCAAAGAUUAAUCUGUAUUUAACUUAUGAGUAAGCAUUAUUGUGCUGUUUUAAACUUAAUUAUUACAUUGCUGCACCUGAAUACUACUGUUACUGUCUUUAUAUAGCCUAUAAUUUUAUGUUGGCUGUAAAUCUAUGCUUGGAAUUUGUGCAAUUGUUCUUGUUUUAUUACUGACUUUAGUAGUUAAGCUAGUAGUUUCUGCUGGGGUAUAGAAGUACUUAAAGUAAGCUUUUAGUAAUAAAUGAAAAGCAAACUUUUUUUUUUUUUUUUGCUGAUCCGAAAAAUGAUCCGAUCCGUGACUCAAAAUCCGUAGUAUGAUCCGAACCGUGAGUUUUGUGAUCCGUUGCACCACUAGCAAACAUGGACUUUUACCAUGGUAACAUCAACCUAAAAUAUACAUAACAUGGCAGGUAAGGAUAUCUGACCACAUUAAUCCUCAAAUAUUAGCGGAUUUUAUCAUUUAAAACCAACAGUGAUACAACUACAUGUGUAUACUACGCAUACAUUUAUAUAUUAUUUAUAUAAAUAACGUAAAUAAAUUACUUUAUAGUCUACUAAUUACCAAAAAUCGCAGUUCUGUCUCAAUAGUCACUAACUCAAUGUAUUCCAAUUGCCCGCUAUGAAGUUCCUGGAACUAUUUGAGGUCUACAUGAAUCACGUGACGAUCGAACGUUCCGAACUUCCGUUGUCGCAACUCUGUCUGGCUCUGCCUAUCACUAUAGCAUCCAAAAUAUAGGCCUACCAAUACCAGCACAAAACCAAACAUAAAUUAGAGCAAAAAACCCAUGAAGCCGUGGUUUAAUGUGAAUUUAGAACCGCUAACUUGCAUUAUAAACAAGCGGCAACCUCCCGCUCCCUCUCUUGAAACCAACACGGAAGUGACUAAAACUGCAAUUUAUCGUCUGGCCGCUGGAGGCUGGCUCCAAAAGGGAGUCAGUCCCAUAGACUCUCCAUGUUAAAAUACCCAACUUUACAGCAGAAAAAAACAUGUUUGCAGCCUGGUACAAAAAAUAAUUUUUAAAUAAUUAAAUAAUUUUUUACUUUUUCCUGAAUAACCGAUGAGCGGCACCAUGAUGGAUUCUAACUUCCGUUUGGGUGCUCUCGUGUUCCGGUCUCCAUAGAAAUCCGUUAAAACAGGGUAAAAAAAAGAUUGAAACUGAAUUGAAACUAUUUCAAUAUAACUACAUAUAAAAAUGUGCGGAGGGUUGCUAUGCUGUUGUUGGCUGCCACAGUAACGACAGUAAGCUAAGGAAUUCCUUUAAAGUACAUGUUUUGCGUAUCAGAAAAUCUGUCUUGCAGGCACUGUAUAUAUGGCUUGCAGCGCUUAAGUUAAAAUACUGAGUGUGAAAUAAUAAUAUAUGUUAAAAUAAUGUUUGCUCUUAUCAUUCUGUGUACAAAAUCCCAUGAACUUCACCCCGAUCGGGAGCUGUAUGUGCACUCAUCUGUUUUCAAUGCAACUUAACCUUGCGUCGCUUCAUGUCAUCUUCGCCCUCAUUGAACUGGUCCUUUACUGCAAAAAGACGGUCAUUGCGACACUGUAAAGUGAUGAAACAAUGGCGCCACAUGAUUUUUUUUAAAUGACUUUCGGUUUCACAUUAUAUUAUCGGCUCUGAAAAUAUGUAAAUGUGACUAGAAACCGGAAAUGUAAAGCACCGUUUUAUUCGGGGGAGACUUCCGCGUUCAGAAAAAGGUCUAUAUAGGUAAUUUUGCCUUUCAUGACAACUGUGAGGGGGGUGAAUUUUUUUAUAACUACUCCGUUUAAAUUAUAUCAAGCCUUAAAGGGGUGGUUUACUGCUUUUUUUCUUUGCUUGAUUGAGUUUAUGGGGUGCAAUAUAACAUGUCUUUGUGUUUCGUUUGUUAAAAAACGCCUUAUUUUUCAUAUAUUUCACCUUUAUUGUAAGCCGCUUUCUCCUCUGUCAUUUGAACGACCGGUUGACUUUCUGAUUCUCUGAAACCACUCCCUCAGAAACAGGCAAUGGGCUCAGAUUGGUUAGUUGGGCCGGUGUGUUGUGAUUGGCUAAACUGCGUACUGCACAUUGUCCGGAAACUUCACGCCCAUUACCUUCACGGGGCGACAGCUGCAUGUGCUGCGGUCAAAUGUAAAUAAUGGUGCCAAUAUUGCCAUAUCAGUUUGAGCCAGAAUCAGACCCAGAAAGCGGUAAUGAAGAGAGUCAAGCAGAACUUCCGCAAGCACGGCUCUUACAAAACCUUUCUGAAUGGAAGUUUGCUGUUGUGAUUACCUAUAAUUUUUGAAGUUUGUACACAUUUAUCUUAUACACACAAAAUAGCAUCGAACUAACUGGCUACUAUAACCAAAGUAGUAGUUGGCUUGUGUUUACGUUCUUGAUCAAAACGAAAAAUUAUGUCAUAAAGUAUACAUGGAAAAUACAUUUACAAAAUUAGGACACAAUUACAAAUUCGGGUCCAAAAUGUUUGUACGCGUUUGUCAUAGACACACGAAAUAGCAUUUAACUAACUGGCUACUAAAGCCAGCGUUGGCAUUUGUUUACGUCCUUGAUAAAACUAAAACAUUACGUCUGAAAUUAUACAUGCAAAUACAUUUAAAAUUAUUAAAUCUUACUUACGGGUUGUGGCCCAACAACUGCUGCCUCUGGUUUUAAAGUUGGAACCGCUCCAUGUUUUAGUAAUAGUUUCUGUGUGAAUCCAGCAUUGAACUCUUGUAGAUUCUGGAAGCUGUCUUCCGUAAAAUGCACAGCACAGAGAGCUAAAUUAGGAUUGUAAUUGUCAGGAACAUAAUCAAACAUAAAUUUUAACCAUUGUUGAUGAACUACAGCGUCUGUAGGAAGCCCGAACACAGAAGACCUGACAGCUGGGUGAAAAUAACACCGUUUCAGCGGCAUGGCUACAACUCUCCACUAUAACUCUUCCUCUUCGACAAAGCCGCAGAACAUGGCCUUGCCACCUCUUUGGCAUGUUCUGGCAACCCAGGGAGGGGUUGAUGCAAAUUUAUGGGUUUGUUACAUAUGCAACCCAGCAAGUAUCUCAUUGUAGUCCCAUAUGAGUCAUUUUUGUAGGCAUUAAACUUCCUGGUUUUUAAAAGACGACAUCUCCGCUUACGUUGAACUUUAAGCGCAGCAACUUUGCAGAUACUGUUCAUGCACCAACAGCAACAUUACACACUAUUUAAAAUGAAAAAAGUGAAAUCGCAGUAAACCACCCCUUUAAAGUUCUGAUAAUUAAGGGCGUGGCCAUUUGAGUGACUGUCGCGCUUGGCGGGCGUGGUUUCAACAACCAGCUCCACCCACAUCCCGCCUUUUUGCCCAUUUUCGAUUAUGUGUGAGUGACGCGCUGCCAAGAUGGCGACGGCCGUCUCCGCCCACUUUGAGCUUCAAAAAUGCUCUUUAGAAACCUACGGGUGACGUCAUGGACACUACCUCCAUUUUUUGGACGAUUGGGGCGGGGCGACACAUUGGGAGUCGCUCCGCCCACCCCCAAUUCCAAUGGUUUAUAACACGGCAAAUCUUAUUGGUGUAGACCCGAGCAUGCGCAUUUCCUUUGUGUAAGAUUUUGUAUUUAAUUUGGCCAUAUUACAGAAAUAUUAUGUGCUCUAGAAUAAUAAUUUAAUUUUAAAGCACAGCCAAAAUUAGACUUGCUGUGAGAUCAUUCUGAGGUUAAAUACAGAUUUAAGACCAUAACAAGUAAUAGUUUGGUAGCUAUGAUACUGUUUUUUUUUUUUUUUUAACCAAAUCUUUGCAUAGUUACAGUAUGACAGGAAACCCUGGCAUCUAACAAUGGUUUGUGGAAGAAAAAAAGUUAAUCUUAAAAAAAAAAAAAAGCAUAAACCCAAAUUGAAAAUAAAGAGUUAUAAGAAGCAUGUGUCCUAUACAGUGUCAUAAACUCCUGAAACAUUGGUGUCUCAUAAUUUAGUUAAAUUCUUUAUCGUGUGGAUUCUUAUUGAAACAUGAUUUGAAUCGCGUGACUGCACUAAAAACAGUUCAGAAGCUAUAUUUAAGAGAGGAGUAAGAAACAGAUUGGUGUCUUUCUCACCUCUGAGGUCUUCAGUUCUGUUCACAAAGUGUCAAGAGAUAAAACUUCAUGCCAAAUGAUUUCACUAUCUUCCAAAAUAGCUGAAGAUUAUUUAGUAGGCUACAAGUUUGUAAUCUCUGCAAUUCCCUAAAUUUACCACCAGGGGUCACCAUCCCCAGCUUUAUAAAUGAGACCUCUAAAUAGACUUUAAGUAUAUAGGUAGGCCACUAUAUAUAGACCUAUAAAUAUGCCACCUGUGAUAUAAUAUUGCUUUUCCAUUCAUAUAUUCGUGGUAAUCAAUUGUAAGUAUUCAAGUACCAAAAUGUAUGAUGUCCUUCUUAAUACUUCUAGACUAAACCAUCUGUGGCCAAGAACGACAUUUACUCAUCAUUGCCAUUUCCACCAUAAAUUCAAAAAGAAAAAAGAAAAAAAAAAAAAAAAAUAGGCAGCUUAAGGACAGCUCAGUGUCUCCACCCACCAUUCUGUUUAGAAAGUGUUUUGUCAGUGAGAGCUCAUUGAUUGUUUCUUCAUGAUGACCAUCAUCUCUCUGCUCCUGCUGGCCUCUCUGCUGCCACACCUGACCUUCACUGCUCAUGUGGAUGUUGGUAUAGUGAAUGGCACAGAAGCAAAACCCCACUCCAGACCUUACAUGGUUUCUCUUCAGGAGGACAAAAAACAUGUCUGUGGUGGAUUCCUUAUUUCUGAUGAGUUUGUAUUGACUGCUGCACAUUGUCAAAAAAAAAAUAAGAUACUGACAGCUGUGGUUGGUGCACAUGACCUAAAAAAUGAGAAUGAGGGGUCUGUCCGCAUCGGAGUGAAGUCCUACCAUAAGCAUCCAAAGUAUAGCAGCGAUUCGUACCUGAAUGACAUUAUGCUUUUGAUGCUAGAGAAAAAGGUCAAACUAAGCCAAAAUGUUGAACCAAUAUCAUUAAUAAAGAAUAAAAAAUACAUUAAAUCAUGCACUGUCUGUAGUGUUGUUGGCUGGGGAAAACUGCAGACUAAAGGCUCAGUGAGUGAUCGUCUAAUGGAGGCAAACGUUAAGAUAAUGAAAGACAGACAAUGUAAAGAAAAAUGGAAAGGAAGUGUGAAAUAUUCAGUCUCAAAAAUGACGUGUGCAUAUGGCCGUGGUGGAUCCUGCAAAGGUGAUUCAGGAGGUCCUUUGGUUUGUGGAAAAUCUGCAGUUGGUGUCACUUCCUUUGGUGAUUUUAAUGUCUGUAAUUUACCUGAGCAUCCUAAUGUGUAUACAAAGAUUUCACCAUAUCUCAAAUGGAUCCACAAAAUAAUCAAAAAUGUUAAGUGACUUCAUGAAAACAUCUUGAAUAUCUUAUUUCAGUAAAAUUAUCACAUGGCAAGCAUCAAUUCGAAGUGUCCUCAUUGUCAUAACCACAUUUAAGUAUUACAUGACAGACACAUGUCCAAGUCACUUCACAUGAGCAAGGAAGUCUC